UUACACCAAAACUACUCCCAUUGAAAAUAAGUCAAUGGUGAUAUCUUUCGGCGUUUCACGCAAUUAUAAAAACAAUGACAAAGGCUGAACCCUGACCUUUUUUAUCGCGGUAGUUUAUUGUUCUCUUUUGAUAAGCUCUCAGAGCGGCGGAACGAAAAAUAUUCUUUCGGCGGCAAGAAAGAAACUAAUUAACGUGUCUUUUCGGCUUGAUGAUUUUUAAGUAAUGCGCUAAACCGUUUAAUAAACAAAUCUAUGUAAGCAAUAAAGCAUAAAGCAAUAAUAAAGCAACUUUUCCAAGUAAUAUAAGGUUAUUAAUUAAAGAGAUAAUAUUUAAUAAGGUAAGUUUUGUGUUCAGUUUUCCGAAUGACGCAAUCAUAUGAUGUAGAGCAGCCGGAGAAAAGGCUCGAAGGUGAAGAGCCAAAAUCAUGUCACGAAUCCAUAGAAGAAUGCCCUGCUCCUCCUGCUCCUCCUCGGAAUAUGAGGAAGAUUUACAUUUUAGUUUCCUUAGUAUACGCCAAUUUUUGGAUGGCUGCUUCUGUGUCCCUACAAGCACCUUUUUUUCCCCAAGAGGCGGAAUUGAAAGGUGCAACGCCAACUCAGUAUGGUUUGGUAUUCGGUGUGUAUGAGCUGGUGGUUAUAAUCAUGUCCCCUAUAUAUGGAAAAUUGAUUCCGAAAAUUUCUCCCAAGUUCCUUAUUACUGCUGGCGUUCUAGUCGGUGGAGCUUCUUGUGCCUUGUUCGGAAUCCUUGAUUAUGUUCCCGAAGGAAGAACAUAUAUCGCUAUGGCAUUUGUGGUACGAAUAUUUGAAGGUUUUGGAGCAGCUGCGCUGAUGACAGCCUCAUUCACCAUUGUCGCUGCAGCAUUUCCGGAUUCGGUUGCUACUAGCUUUUCUCUUCAAGAAACUGCCUUUGGAUUUGGUUUGAUUGUUGGUCCUACAAUUGGAGGAGCACUAUAUCAGGUUGGAGGCUUUUUGGUACCUUUUGUAGUAAAUGGAGCAUUCCUUCUUUUUGGAUGUAUCAUUCUCUUCUUCUUGUUGCCUAGCAUAGAGGAUUCUGAAAGGCAUGAGGGUUCUCGAAAUUUAUGGAGUUUCAUAGCCGACGGUGGAAUUUUAUCAUUCACAUUUUCGAUCAUAUCAUCUUUGUUGUUUAUUGGCUUCAAUUCUGCUACACUGGAGCCUCACUUACGCCAGUUUAACCUCAGUCCUGUUUUACUUGGAGUCAUUUUUGUCAUCACUGGUGGUAUUUAUGCUAUAACCACUCCCAUAUGGGGCAAAAUAUGCGACAAAGGGACUAAUCCAUUACUCAUCAAUAUUGGAGGUUAUUUGAUGACAUGCGUCGGUAUACUUCUCAUCGGACCCGUGCCAUUCAUUCCUUUCCAUGCAACCCUUUGGACAGUCAUCGGUAGCCUAGUAGUCAUUGGACUAGGUCUAUCAGCGAAACUAGUCUCAUCUUUUGUUGGAGCACUUCAAAAUACCAUUGAACGAGGAUUUCCUGAUAAUCUUGCUACUUAUGGCAUGGUAUCAGCUCUUUUCUCCACAGCUUGCUCUACAGGCGCUUUCAUAGGACCUUCCAUCGGAGGCUUCUUGUUGGAUAAUACUGGAUACAGAAUGGGAACAGUGGUCAUCUUUUCAUUCGAAUUAUUUUUUCUUUGCAUCCUCUCUGGAUAUAUGAUUGUACGGACUGUGAGAACGAGGCGGUCGAGUAAAGCUUUAGAAAGGGAACCACUCUUAACUUCUUCAUACGCCAGGCGAUCUUACAGCUAUUCUUCACUGUGAAUAAAAGCAACAGAAGAUGGAUGAAGAACCUCAUUUUACUUCGCAAUUGUGAUAGAAAAGAAGAUUCAAACAAUUCCUUUGCAUAAUUUUAGUUCUGCACGGCUUCGAGUCGAUUUGGGCAAGAAAUUCUAGAAAGCUGUACCGUUCUACUAGAUAUACAUUGGAGAGGGCGAGUGCUAUGAGUCUUGAUUGAGGCCAACAAGCAAGCUCAAUGCUCAUUUCUAGAAAAGGCUUCAAAAAAGCAUAAACUAGAAUACUGUAUUAUAUCGAUUGAUUUUUAUUUCACUUUUCUGUUUUAUCCCAAUCAUAUUUAAACUUUUAGCAAGUUUUCAUUAUUUAUGUAUUGCUUGUUUUGUUAAAAAUGUUACAAUACUUUAAAUAAAUAGAAACUGGAAGUUUGUACGAAAUGAAAUGUUUUGCUUGGUCACUCGAAUAACUGAAAUUGGAUGCUCUAUGCAAUUAA